AGCUGAUUACGCUCAUUACGCUCUUUCCGGUAGAUUUCAACAUCGCGCCAUCCGUCGAUGAUUUGAUAAACAACAGCUUCUCGACUCUGAAAGUUCUUUAUUUUUUUAUUUAGUUCACCUUUGGUGUUAGUUUAUAAACGCCUAAACAUGGCCGACAAGAUGAGCAUGUCCCUAGAUGACAUUAUCAGGAUGAACAAGAGAGAAGGCCGCGGUGGAGGAGGAUCCAGGCGGGGAGGAAGUUCAGGUCGAUCCGGGGGAUCGUCGAGGCCACCGGCGCGAGGUCGCCAGAAUUUUAACCGGGAAAGGAACAGCAGGCCCGCUCCGUACACCAGGCCCAGAGAACUACCAGACAAGUGGCAGCAUGACAUGUUUGAGGAGCACGACAGCGGUCAGAGUGUACGAGCAGCUGAUCGAUUUGACAGAGCUGACAGAAGCGUGGAGAGCAGCGGAAAGCUUCUGGUUUCUAACCUGGACUUUGGGGUGUCCGAUUCAGAUAUUAGGGAGCUGUUCUCAGAGUUUGGAGCUUUAAAGACCGUAUCGGUUCAUUACGACAGGUCUGGUCGGAGUAAAGGAACCGCAGAUGUCCACUUUGUAAAUAAACCGGAUGCUCUCAAAGCAUUGAAGCACUAUAAUGGUGUCCCACUUGAUGGUCGUCCAAUGAAAAUUCAACAUGUAACAAUAGAAAUUGGUUCAGAGAGCAGUUCAAACAGAGGCUUUGAUCGGAGCAGACUCGGUCAGCCCAGGUUUGAACGGAGACCAGGUGGCAGCGGUGGAGGCUUCAGAGGUCGAGGGAGGGGAGGUGGCAGCAGACCUCAGCUCUCUGCAGAGGAGCUGGAUGCUCAGUUGGAUGCUUACAAUGCUGAGUGUCGGAUGGACACCAAUUAGGAGCACUCAGGACGCUGCUAAUUUUGUUGUUUUUUUUAUGACUUUCCAGGAUUGUUCAAUUAGACACUUUUAUUUUGGCGAUAUUAUUAGAUGGACCAUUUAGUUAACUUUUUUAAAAAGAAUUUAUAGCCAUGUUGUUUGGUGCAGGUUUUAGUUUUAUUUAUAUGAACUGUAAAUUGCCUUAAACCUCUAAUGCAAUUUGACUUGUUUUUUUUUUGUAAUUGAUGCAUGAUUUGAUUCAAAUUUAAUUUCCUGUAACGAUACACAUUUCUUUUUUUUAUGUCAUUACUGUACUUGAAUCUUGUCUUGUUAAGCGUUUUGUAAAUAAAUGCAAUAAAACGAACUGGCUAGUAAAAUUACUCCCAAUAAUA